AUGUGCUUGGAGCGAAAAGGCGGGUAUCUCCAGGAUGCAAUAGGAUUAGCGACUACCGCUGUUGCUGAUAUUAAUGAAUGCCGCAAGUUUCGUUUAUUUGUAAAGGACAAAAAAAACACAGGACUGCGGUUCUUAGUGGAUUCAGGAGCUGAUGUUAGUCUUAUUCCUGCAACUCACCGAAAUAAAACAAUAGAUGAUUUUAAAUUAUAUGCAGCGAAUGGGACAGAAAUUCCUACUUAUGGAAUUAAAAUUUUGAACUUAAAUUUAGGACUUGGAAGAGAAUUUAAAUUUCCUUUUAUAUUAGCUAAAGUUGAUAAAGCAAUAAUAGGAGCUGACUUUUUGACUAAAUUUAAGCUUUUAAUAGAUAUUCAUAACAAACAACUUAUUAAUGGAAUAACUAAGCUGUCCGUUCGAUACCACGUAACAACAGUAUCUGUUGAUGAUGUUAUUAGUACUUUGGAUAAAACUUCUAAAUAUGCUAAUUUGUUACAACAAUACCCAAAUUUCACUAAACCUAAUUUAACAGUAUCUAAAUUUGAACAUGAUGUUGAGCAUUUUAUCACAACAAAAGGACAACCUACUUAUUCCAAAGUUAGACAACUGGAUUCCAAGCGAUUACAUAUAGCAAAACAGGAAUUUCAAUACAUGUUAGAAAAUGAUAUUACUCGACCAUCUAAAUCGCAAUGGUCCAGCCCUCUUCCAUGGUGCCUAAGAAAGAUGGUUCCUUCCGACCAUGUGGGGAUUACCGACGUUUGA